CCCUUUUUUUUUAUUCUUAUUAUUUUUAUUAUCAAACAUGACAACCAUUCAACAAGUUCAAUCAGUAGCAGACUUUCAAAAGUUACUUACCAGUGACAAGUUAGUAGUUGUUGACUUCUUUGCUACUUGGUGUGGUCCUUGCAAGAUGAUUGCUCCUUUUUAUGCUCAGUUAUCUACCAAGUAUAAGCAAGCUGUGUUUGCUAAAGUCGAUGUGGAUCAGUUAAAAGAAGUUGCUGCUGCUUGUAAAGUGACUUCCAUGCCUACUUUCCAAUUCUACAAGAAUGGAAACAAAGUAGCUGAAAUGAAGGGUGCUAAUCCUCAACAAUUGGAGCACUAUGUGAAACAACAUGCAGGUGAAACGGCCAGUUCAAGCAGCAAAAAGAGUUUCUCUAUUCCUGGCUGUGUUGAUUUGACAGAGUACAUUACACCUAACCAAAUGGAUGCGUUAAACCAACAAGAAAAGAACAAUGUCAAGAAUAUCUUCAAGGACGAUGUGUCCUAUUUAGAAAGUGAUGUUGAUGAACAAUUGAUCAUCAGUGUUCCUUUUAAUCAACCUGUCAAGCUUCAUUCACUUCAGUUUAAGGUGCCUUGCUUAGCCAAUGCUCCCAAGACAGUCAAGAUUUAUGCUAAUCGUACUGUAUUGGGUUUUGACGAUGCUGAUGCUGUUAAGGAAACUCAGGUACUUGAGUUGAAGCCUGAACAUUUUGAACAAGAUGCUAUUGUCAACUUGAGAUUUGUCAAGUAUCAAAACAUUACUCAUAUCAUGUUGUUCAUUGAAGACAAUCAGGAAGAUGAAGAGACAACAAAGAUUCAACAACUUGUCUUUAUUGGUUCCCCUGUUGAGGCUACCAACAUGAGUGAUUUUAACAAAGAACAAUAAUAAAGUCUUUUUUUUUUUUCUUUUAUUCUUCUU